ACCGCGUGUGAGCCGUGACUGCCGGCAACAGUGCUUGUGGGUUGCGUGUGAGCGCGCGCGAGGCUUGUUGGUGCGCUGGGUGGGUGUGUGAGCGCGCGCGAGAGGCAUGUUGGUGCUCUGGGUGGGUGUGUCGUGUCUCCCUGAGUUCCAGAUAAGUCUGAGCAUGUCCGUAGGGGUGCAUCGUGCUUGUAUGUACAAGUUCUGAUGGCACUCUGGUCCCUGUUUCCAAAUGUCGCGAGCGCCAUUAUGCGCACAAGCGCCCAGGGCAGACAGGUAGCAGCCGGAGGGAGAGGAGCUCAGUUCGCUGGUUCGCUGCUGAGCCCGCAGCCCCCGCUUUAGCACUCAGGAGCCAGCCCGGGAGUGGUGGCCCGCCUGCCACCCGGGCCAGCCCCAGGAGAGGGCGGGCAAGGGGAGGGAAGCGAAGGGGAGAGGUGCCUCGCCCCUUCGGGGCUGCGGGCACGCCAUUGGCCGAAAGUUGCCUCACGUCACUGGGAGGCAGUGGCCCCGAAGUCCUGAGCACAUAACGGGCAGAACGCACUCUGAGGCGGCUUCUCUGAAGUGCAGGCUGGAGCUGGCGGGCACGGAGGGCUCAGAGCAACCCACAAGCUGAGUGCGCCGGACGCGACCCACGCGACCCUCCGCAUCCAACUACGGCCGCUGAAUGAAGCUUCCAGGAGUCCGCUCGCGGUCCGCAGCGCCCCUCCGGAGGUGCGCACGCUGAGGCGGGGCCACUGUGCCGCCAGCCGCCCCCGGGCGCUCACCUGCCCGCCUGCGAGCCAUGGGGCAACCCGGGAACGGCAGCGAUUUCUUGCUAGCGCCCAAUGGAAGUCACGCGCCGGACCACGACAUCUCGCAGGAAACAGACGAGGCGUGGGUGGUGGGUCUGGCCAUCGUCAUGUCUCUGAUUGUUCUGGCCAUCGUGUUUGGCAACGUUCUGGUUAUCACAGCCAUUGCCAAGUUUGAACGUCUACAGACGGUCACAAAUUACUUCAUCACCUCACUGGCGUGUGCUGACCUGGUUAUGGGUUUAGCGGUGGUACCCUUUGGGGCGAGCCACAUUCUCAUGAAAAUGUGGACUUUUGGUAACUUCUGGUGCGAGUUUUGGACUUCCAUUGAUGUGCUGUGCGUCACUGCCAGCAUUGAGACCCUGUGCGUGAUCGCAGUGGAUCGCUAUUUCGCCAUCACCUCACCCUUCAAGUACCAAAGCCUGCUGACCAAGAAUAAGGCGCGCGUGGUCAUUCUGAUGGUGUGGAUCGUGUCGGGCCUUACCUCCUUUCUGCCCAUCCAGAUGCACUGGUACAGGGCCACCCAUCAGGAAGCCAUCAACUGCUACGCCAAGGAGACCUGCUGUGACUUCUUCACGAACCAAGCCUAUGCCAUUGCCUCCUCCAUCGUGUCGUUCUACUUGCCCCUGGUGGUCAUGGUCUUCGUCUACUCCAGGGUCUUCCAGGUGGCCAAAAAGCAGCUCCAGAAGAUUGACAAAUCAGAGGGCCGGUUCCAUGCCCAAAACCUCAGCCAGGUGGAGCAGGAUGGGCGAAGCGGGCAUGGACAUGGACUUCGCAGGUCCUCCAAGUUCUGCUUGAAGGAACACAAAGCCCUCAAGACGUUAGGCAUCAUCAUGGGCACAUUCACCCUCUGCUGGCUGCCCUUCUUCAUCGUCAACAUCGUGCACGUGAUCCAGGACAACCUCAUCCCGAAGGAAGUUUACAUCCUCCUCAACUGGGUGGGCUAUGUCAACUCUGCUUUCAACCCGCUCAUCUACUGCCGGAGCCCAGACUUCAGGAUUGCCUUCCAGGAGCUUCUGUGCUUGCGCAGGUCUUCUUUGAAGGCCUACGGGAAUGGCUACUCCAGCAACAGCACUGGCAAAACUGAGUACACAGGGGAGCAGAGUAGCUAUCACCUGGAGCAAGAGAAAGAAAGCGAGCUGCUGUGUGAGGACCCCCCGGGCAUGGAAGACUUUGUGAACUGUCAAGGUACCGUGCCUAACGAUAGCAUUGAUCCCCCCGGCAGGAACUGUAGGACAAAUGACUCACUGCUGUAAUGCAGUUUUUCUACUUUUUAAGGACCCCUCCCCCAACAGAACACUAAACAGACUAUUUAACUUGAGUGUAACACAUUUAGAAUAAAACUGUAUAGAGAAACGCAGAAGGAAGGCAGCCUUCUGCCUUUUUUUUUUAAUCUUUUUUAACCUGUAAAAAAAAAAGAGAGAAGAUGUAUUUGAGUGAUUAUUUGUUUCUUGUACAGUUCAGUUCCUCUUUUGCAUGGAACGCCUAAGUUUAUGUCCGAAGGGCUUGAGUCCUAGAGGACCUGGGUCUGCUACGUUUUGAUGACUUCUCCGUGUAUCUACCUCAGUGGUCAAGUAUUAGGGGUAAUAUAUUGCUGCUGGUAAUUUGUACCUGAAGGAGAUUUUUCCUUCCUGCACCCUUGGACUUGAGGAUCUUGAGUAUCCCGGACCUCUCAGCUGUGAACGUGGACUCUUCCCAGCUCCUCCUGUUUGCUCGGACCGGGUGUUGUAGGCAGGGAUUCGAGGGGGCAGCUUCACUUGUUUUCCUGAGCAAAGUCUAAAGUUUACAGUAAAUAAAUUGUUUGACCAUGA